GAAGACUCUGAUGGUCCCCGUGCUCUGGGCGUUGAUGUUGCUUGUUGCUGUGAAACGAAUCUGGGAUGAAGCUUCCUUCGCUGGCCGAAGAAUUGCCUAGCCUCCUGCUUGAAAUGCGUGCGGGCAAGACCUCUUUUAGGAUGCUUUGGUUUCUCGCGUCUUAAAAGGACGAUUGGCCGAAGCAGACGUGCUUCUCCUUCUUUAAGCCUUGGCCUUCUCCAAAGAUUCCGAUGAAUAGAUGCGACAAUUGCUUUCUUUCUCCUUCCCCGUCUGCGAUUGAUUUUUUAUUGCCAAAGCCAUAUGUGUGCCUAAGUAGCUGAGCUUUGCACAAAGGCGGAGUUACAACCCGGGCACACCUUUUUCAACUUCGAGAGUCAGAAAGUAUUACAACCUUUAGAAAGCUCUGGUUGGCUCUGCUUCCCGGGUUCCGUUAUGUCGUGGGUGUCUUGGUGUAAAUUUGGUUGGCAAAAGGCAAUGACGGGAAGACAAAAUAUUUGUGUGUUACUAAAUAUUCAGUACAUGCUUACAUUAUUUUUUUCUGUAGCCUACUCGUGCUUAAUGAAUUAAUGUAAGCAUUUUGUCCUGCAAGAAUAACCAGGAUCUUCUGAUCUUCCCUCUAAAUAUCCUACCCCAAGAAAAUUACUGGUAAUUGAGAUCUGUUCUUUGUGAAUAUUAUACAGCGAUUAUACAAUGAUUUGACAACAUUGGUUUUUAGUGCAUAAUUUUUUGGACAACAAGACCUGUGCUAAAGUAUUGCACUUCCCACCGCUGCCAAAUGAAGUGGAUUCAGGUUCUGAGCUGCAGGGAUGAGGAGUCGCCGGCGGAUGUACUCCGCUGUCAUGCGUCUCUUCCUGAAGUGUUUGCGGAUAGGUCAGCGGCGUCGGUUCUGGCUGACCCAGCAAGUGGAACAACUGUGGCUAUAUGGACAUCUCUGUUUGCGCUCUCUGUUUUACAACUCUUUUGCUGAUGGCGACACAGCUCUUGAUGCCCUCUUUGAGCCUAUAUAUUGGCUGGUAGAUCAUGUCACUCGUUGGUUUGGAGUGGUGUUUGUGGCUCUGGUGAUAACACUGACCACUUCUGUGGUGGGCAUAGUGUACAUUUGCCUCCUUCCAAUGAUUCUCCAGACCUAUCCCAUUCCCUGGAUCUUCUGGCAUAUUGUCUAUGGCCAUUGGAACCUUGUCAUGAUUGUUUUCCAUUACUACAUGGCUAUAACUACUCAGCCUGGUUAUCCACCACAGCACCCAAAGAAUGAUCUUGCUGCUGUGUCAAUAUGCAGAAAAUGUAUUGCCCCCAAACCUGCCCGGACCCACCACUGUAGCAUCUGCAACAGGUGUGUGUUGAAGAUGGACCAUCACUGCCCAUGGCUUAACAACUGUGUGGGACACUACAAUCAUCGCUAUUUCUUCUCCUUCAUGCUUUUCAUGACCAUGGGCUGCAUCUACAGCAGUAUCAGUGGCUGGGACAUGUUCUGGGAAGCUUAUGCUGCCAUUGAGAAAAUGAAACUACUUGACAAGGAGAAACUGCACGUGACAGCCAAUCAGACUUACUCCCAGACACCACCACCCACCUUUUCCUUCCGCCAGCGAGCUUUCCACAAGAGCAUAGUGUACGCCUGGGUCCUCUGCAGUUCAGUAGCCUUGGCAUUGGGUGCCCUCAUGCUCUGGCAUUCAGCCCUCAUCACCCGUGGUGAGACCAGCAUCGAACGACACAUCAAUCGCAAAGAAAAAAAGAGGCUACAGAAAAAGAGCAAGAUAUUUCGAAAUCCAUACAGCUUUGGUCCACUGGGCAACUGGAAGGUUUUCCUGGGUGUCGAAAGACAGAGACACUGGCUCACUCGAGUUCUACUACCUUCCCCACAUCCCCCUUAUGGAUCUGGCUUGAGUUGGGAAACUCCUCCUUAUGUUGCUCAACAGAAGUUGCCACUUUUGGCGAUUUGAGAUGGAUGAAGAAGAAAGUGUCCCAGCCGGUGGAAGACCUGAAACCACAGGCUUCUUUCAUUGGAAAGCAUAACAGAAUACAUGGUCCCUAAACUGGCAGGCUAACAUCACAGUGGCAUAUCUGCAAUGAACUGCUCAUCCCACAGGAGACUGGAGAACAUCCAGCUGCAGUCGGGGAUUUAUUGCCUGUGUCUGUUUUGUUUUGCACACAGUCCAAUGGGGCUGGAGCAAAGUAUUGUCAGUUUUGAAGAGGGAGCAAGUAGUUCUUUCUUGUAAGGACAGAUUUUUUAUCAUAAAAAUAAAUAUAAAAAACAACCAUCUCCUCUUUAGUGGGAAAAGGAGCAGUGAAAAGAUUGAAUACAAACUGUUGAUUCAUAACUAACAGCAGUAGACUUUUUUUAAAAAAUAUAUAGUAAUUAUUUACUUUUAAUACUGAUUUCUGAUUCAAUGGUUAUUUCAAGCAACAAGCAGUAUUGAAACUAAACAACAUGUCCAUUACCAAUCUCUAUCCAGGCUAUAUUCAACAAGUUAUUUUUCCAGUCGAUGGGACAAAUUAAUGUUUCAACAGCUACAAUUCAGCUGCAGCUCUAGAACAUAGAUGGUUUAUUUCUAUAACACACUUAACAAGGUUAUUUAAAGAGACAGGAGUCUAGAGUUAUCUCUUCCCCAACAGGCAGAAAUCUGUACUGGGUUUGACCUAGUUAAACCUUCACCGAUAUAAUACACUAAUAAUGAGAACAUGGCAUGAUUGGCUAGUAACUCUUUUUGUAGCAAAAAAUCCCCCCUCCCUUAGCCAGAGUGGCCUUGCCUUUCGCCAUCUAUUUAUCAAUAAAGCACCAGAUAAGCUGUUAUGCAGAGUAUUGAAACUAAAUAGUCAAGCAUUUAAGCCUGGAACCCCACAGUUUAUUAAAUGUUUAUGUUCAAUGAACAGAACAUCCGAAAUUUAUUUUAUGUAAACAAAAAAGGUGAAAUGGUGUGGCCUUUAAACAGAACUUUUCAGCAGUCCUUCCCUGCCUUAUAUUCCAACAACUUUUACUCUUGUGAAGUGUAGCUUUUUCCUAAUAUUCACAGUAGUAUAAACUACCAUGAUUACUGUGCAGUGAUCUAUUCUUACCCACUUUCUGUUGCAAUUCUGCUAUAUUCAUUAAUGAGAUUUCCUUUGACAUUACUAAAUCAAGGAAACCUUGUUUUUUUACAGUGUCUUUUACAUCAGGGGAGCAUCCCACUGUUAAAGCUUUUCAAAAUUAGAUUGAAAAGGAAAUGCUUCACAAAAAUCUAGGUGGAAUACUAUUCAUACGUUCUAAAAACAGCACUAAUAAAGAAUAUAAGGUAUUAGAUGUUGCCAAAUUUACAUCUAAACAACAGUUUCAUCCUGACAUUCUAAACACUUAACUAGCUUCAAACUGUUCAAAUCAGCAUGGUGGAUGAUAUUAUGCCCACAUCUCCCUUACCAUCAUCUCUGCUUCAUUUCAAUUAUUUUAGGAAAGUUUUAUUAAAAUAAAUGCGAGACUAGUUUACAGCAAAGAACCAGCCUUCACUAUUUUUAUUUCCAAUAUCAUUUUUCAGCUCCAAAAGUAUUCUUAGAGAAUAAAAACAAUGAGUAGUUUCAGCCCAGCACUUUUGUUUCCCGAAGUAUCCAACUUCUUCCCCCCCCCCCCCUUCAAAGAUAAGCAGGGACAGCAAGUGGCAACCUAUAGCUGGUAAAUUGGUGUUUUAUAGAAUAUCACAUUCCUGUUGUCAACCAUAUUAUAACAUACUCUCAGCACUCUAAAUGAGCCUUACUUCUGCUUUCACCAGUUUAUAUUUUCUCAAACAUAUAUAUGUAUACCCAAGAUAGCUAAACAACUGUCUAAAUAACCCUUUCCAUAGUUCGUGUCAUUUGUAUUUAGAGUGAUUCUGAAUUUUAUAAUUAUCCCAAAUUGUAAUAAUUUAUUUUGCUGAUGACUACACGUGUUUCAUGUGUGCAAAAUUAUUAUAAAUGAAAAUUGUUUGAAUUCCUCUAGUAGACAUUAGCUAUGGUUUAUAGUGGUUAAUUUUUAUACCGCUAAAUGAGGAAUAUAAGAAUGUAGUACUCCAACAACAUGAUGAAGACUAGCAGAACUGAACUUGCUAUGCUCAGUUCAAUGUUUUUCUCUUAAGAAGCAUCUUCUCCAGAAGCUUUCAACAAAUGGGUUAUUUAUCUAACCCCAUCUAUUGCACGCAGGAGAUUCUGCUACCUCUGCCAUACUGCACUGCAGUAAAAAGUGAGGCUUGAGGGUUGCAUCCACUGUGGUUAGGAUUCCAGCAGCCUAUAGAAAAUGCAGUCCACCCCUAAAAAGGAAGGAAACUCCUCCGUUUUUGUCCAAAGUUUUGCUGAACUUCUAAUAAAAGUGGUCCAAGGCAAACGGACAAAAGAUUGUCAGUCA